AAGUGUGACACCGUCCGCAAUGUUUAUAUUACCCGUAUUACCGUAAAUUCCACUCGUUUUCGUUAGUUAUGUGAUUCGUAUAUUUGAAUUUCGACUUCAUCAACGAGACGUGGUGGGGGUGAUAAUUUUAAAACAGACAGUUUAGAAGAACAUUUCCAACUGACAGUUUUUGUUGUGUUUUUUAUCAUUAUUUUUUCGAAUUCCGCCAAGAAUAAAUCGGGGCACGGUCUGAGACGCGUCUAAAUUAAUAACAGUGUGUUCGUCUUGUUUGUUUGCUGUUUUGAGACAUGGAGGACGACGAAUAUAAAAAACUGCCGGUCGAAGACAGAUGCGUGCACAAAUUAUGGAAGGCCCGCGUAAACGGCUACGAGGAUGUCACGAAGCUGUUCAGACAAAUCGACGACGAAAAGUCACCGGAGUUCAGCAAGUAUUUGGGACUGGUCAAGAAGUUCGUCGUCGACAGCAAUGCCAUGGGUCAGGAGAAGGGGCUGGAAGCCACACUGGCUUACGUAGAAAAUUAUGCCCUGGCUGGGAAGACUGUGUCUGAGGUGAUGUCAGGAAUUGUGACCAAGUGUAUUGCAGCCCCCAAAACCAAGACCAGAGAUCUAGCAUUGCAAGUGACGCUUAUGUAUGUUGAGAUUGAGAAACAUGAGGCUGUGGUAGAAGAACUCACAAAAGGGAUGGAGCAGAAAAAUCCUAAAAUAGUGGCAGCCUGCAUUAACGCUUGCACCGUCGCCUUAAGGGAGUUUGGUUCUAAAAUUAUUAAUGUCAAGCCUUUAAUCAAGAAGAUAUCCACCCUGUUUGCAGACAGGGACAAAUCAGUCAGAGAUGAAGCCAGACAGAUGGUUAUAGAAAUAUACCGGUGGAUUGGACCAGCCUUGAAACCUCAGCUCACUAAUUUACAACCAGUGCAACUGACAGAAUUAGAAGCAGAAUUUACUAAAAUUGAUGGACAAAAGGCUGUACCAACUAGAUAUAUCAGGUCACAACAAAAACAACAGGCUAAAAUUGCUGCUGAAGCUGAAGAAGUGGAUGGAGGGGGAGACGAAGAUGAGGAUAACGAAGAAGUGGCGGUGGAAGUCGAUCCGUACGACGUGGCCGACCCCGUCGACAUUCUCUCGAAAUUACCGAAAGACUUCUACGACAAACUCGAGGCGAAAAAAUGGCAGGAACGCAAAGAAGCGGUUGAAACUUUAGAAAACCUAGUCAAAACGCCCAAACUUGAGAACGGCGACUAUGGUGACUUAGUCCGAGCACUAAAAAAAAUUGUACAGAAGGACAGCAACGUUGUGGUGGUGGCGUUGGCGGGCAGAUGCAUAGCACUGCUGGCAUCAGGUUUGAAGAAAAGGUUCCAGACAUACUCAGGGGCGUGUGUGCCCGCCCUGUUGGAGAAAUUCAAAGAGAAAAAACAGAACGUGGUGACCGCAAUCAGGGACGCAAUUGACGCCGUAUAUCUAACUACGAACUUAGAGGCGAUCCUGGAGGACGUGCUAGAAGCUCUCGGCAAUAAGAAUCCCUCGGUCAAAGCAGAAACGUCCCUGUUCGUGGCACGAGCCUUUACGAAAACUCAGCCGACUGCCGUCAACAAAAAACUGUUAAAGGCCUUGACGACAACACUCACGAAAAACAUCAACGAGUCUGAUCCGGUUGUACGUGACGCAGCAGCUGAAGCGAUAGGCACUUUAAUGAAGCUGGUGGGUGAAAAGGCGAUUGGUCCGUUCCUCGUGGAACUGGAAAAGGACAAUUUGAAAAUGACCAAGAUCAAGGAGUGCUGUGACAAGGCCGUGAUAACGGUGAAGACAGUCGGAGGCGGUGGCAAGAAGGAGAGGGCCGCCACGGCUCCAGCACGAGGAGAGCCGAAACCAGCCCCAGAACCGGUCAAGUCUGCACCACCUCGAGCUGCUGCCAAGAAACCACCCGCCAAGAAAAAGGCAGAAAUCUCAUCCGGAUCGGCGACAGUUACCCGGCCGAAAGGAACUAAACCAACGCCCAAAGUACAACCCGUUAAGCCCAUAGAAAAAACACUUUCGGACGAAGAAGCUGAAGAAAUCGCCAGUUCCAUCAUACCCCCUAAUUUGGUGGCGGAAUUGGCUGACACUAAUUGGAAAACACGUUUGGCAGCUGUAGAACGCGUGUCAAGUGACUUGCGUGAUCUCGACGCCAAAUCCGUGCCGACUCAAGCCGUCGUCAAAACUCUGUCGAAAAAACCAGGUUACAAAGAUACCAAUUUCCAAGUACUAAAGGCCAAACUGGAUGUGGUGCGUUACUUGGCAGAAAACUGCCAGUUCAGUACCACCACAGCAGAAUGUUGCCUAAACGACGUAGCCGAAAAGUUUGGCGAUGCUAAAAAUGGUGCCACAGUGGCGGAAGUAAUGACGGCGAUCGCCGAGGCCACCAGUUUAAGUUUCGUGUCUGAAGGUGUGAUGAAUUUCGUCUUCAGCCAGAAAAGUCCGAAGGUGAUGCAGGAGGCGUUGAUCUGGCUAUCCGGGGCCAUAAAGGAGUUCGGCUUCGCCAACCUGAACACCAAAUUACUUAUAGACAACAACAAAAAAGCACUGGCCUCAAUAAAUCCACAAGUGCGGCAAGCAAGCAUCACACUUUUGGGCACUAUGUACUUGUACAUGGGUCCAAAUUUAAACGUUUACUUCGACAACGAAAAGGCCAGUCUCAGGGAUCAAAUCAAUGUGGAAUUCGACAAAUAUGAGGGAGUGAGUCCACCCGCCCCAACCAGAGGUCUGAGCAAGUCAUCAAGUUCCGGCACUAUAUGUGACGACGGCGACGAUGCGCCUGUUGAUGCAGCCGAACCGGAACCGGUGACCGUUCAGGAUUUGCUACCUCGCGUCGACAUCAGCUCUCAGAUAACCGAAGCGUUGAUUAACGAGCUGUCGGACAAGAAUUGGAAGGUGCGCAACGAGGGUCUCACCAAAGUGGCGGCCAUACUCCAAGAGGCCAAGUUCAUUAAACCGAACAUUGGUGAUUUGGCGCCUGCCCUCGCUCAUCGUCUUACCGACAGUAACAUCAAAAUUGCCCAAACAGCUAUCAACAUUUGCGAAGUCAUCGCCAAGGCGAUGGGUCCGCCUUGUAGACAGUAUGUUAGGACUCUGUUUCCCGGAUUUUUGCAAGCUCUUGGUGACAGUAAAAGUUGGAUGAGAACGGCAGCUUUAGAUGCCAUUAACACCUUUGCCGAACAGUGCGGAUACAAGGAAUUCUUCGAUGGUGAAAUGAUCGCUGAUGCCCUUAAGUCUGGAUCUCCGACUUUGAGGUCCGAGUUAUGGACUUGGUUAGCCGAUAAAAUACCUAAAAUACCAGUAAAGUCGAUACCGAAGGAGGAACUUAUGGCGUGCAUUCCGCACCUCUAUAACAAUUUGGAGGAUAGGAACGCGGACGUUAGGAAGAACGCAACCGAAGCAAUCCUCGGUAUCAUGAUCCACGUGGGCUACGACACCAUGGCCAAGCAAACGGAAAAAUUAAAGCCCGGCUCCAAGAUGGUGAUUAUGGCGGCGCUGGAAAAAGUGCGACCUAAUUUGCCCGUGAAGCCUCUGCCCAAGAAACAGUCGCCUUCGGAGAAGGAGGACAAGGCUGUCAGGGGCACGAAACCGGUGGCGAACGCCAAGAACGCCGUCAAACCCAAGGGUCCUGCAACGCAAAAGGCGGCACCAGCGCCUGCUGCCAGUUCGAGAAAGAAAGAGGAGGAUGUGGACACGUCCCCGCUUCUGGCAUUAAACAAUCUCAAGAAUCAACGUUCAUUAGAUGAGUCCAAGCUUAAGGUUUUAAAAUGGAACUUCACGCAACCCAGAGACGAGUUCGUGGAACUGCUCAAAGAUCAAAUGGCUGCAGCCAACGUGAAUAAAACUUUAAUGGCCAACAUGUUCCAUUCAGACUUCAGAUAUCACAUUAAGGCGUUAGAAUCGUUGAGUGAAGACUUGCCUAACAACAAGGAGGCGUUGCAGGCCAACUUGGAUUUGAUACUCAAAUGGUUGACUUUGAGAUUCUUCGAUACGAAUCCGUCGGUUUUGCUUAAAGGUCUGGAGUACUUACAGAGCGUGUUCAACGUUCUGAUUGAAAACAAAUAUCACAUGCAGGAGAACGAGGCGUCAUCUUUUAUUCCGUAUUUGGUUCUUAAGAUUGGAGAUCCAAAGGAUUCUGUUCGUAAUGGUGUCAGGGCACUGUUCAAGCAGAUUUGCAAUAUUUAUCCAGUUCACAGAUUAUUUACUUACAUAAUGGAAGGCAUCAAAUCUAAAAAUGCUCGUCAGAGAGCUGAAUGUUUGGACGCCAUGGGUUCCAUCAUUGAAACAUACGGUAUCACGAUUUGUGUUCCUUCGCCCGCCGCCUGUCUCAAGGAAGUGGCGAAGCAAAUUUCAGACCGUGAUAACUCUGUACGAAAUGCCGCCUUAAACUGCGCCACCCAGGCCUAUUUCAUUGUCGGGGAAAAGGUGUUUAAGAUGGUUGGAAACAUCUCCGAAAAAGACAUGUCGUUGUUGGAAGAGAGGAUCAAGAGAUCACACAAGAAAAUGUCGACCGUGGCCCCGAAGUUGAAGGCGGAUCCGAAUGCGACGGUUUCGAUGCCGAAAUCGCCCCCGCCUCCAGUACACGAGUCACCGGUCAGGAACGGCAACGACAGCGGCUCCAACGAACAAGACGAGGAAGUGGACGACGAGGACGAGGACAACAUACCCGCCGUUACAUUGCCACCGCAAAUCGCGGUCGAAACACAGCCGGAAGUGGUGAACGGACCGUUCCGUCUGGAUCCGACCGUGAUGCAGGAAUUGGACACAAUCACUGAGCAGAUCAAUCAAAAACGGAAGGACAUCGAGAACAACAUGAGAAAAUUGCAAACGUUCAAUCUCGAUUUUCUCAACGAGGAGAUCAAAGUGCCGUCGACAGAUAACGAUGUGGUCAAAGUAACACCAAUGUCGCCGCCAAAACCGAUUGCGCCCAGCGUUUAUGAAAAAACUUUAACGAAAAAAUUCACUACCAGACCAAAAUCAGAAAUCGACGACGACAUUGAAAAGUACAUUAAACGAGUGAAGUCUGUGGACAGAGGCAUCGCUGUAGAGGCAAUCGAACAUUUGAACGAAAUUUUGCAAAGCAACAAAGGCGUCGCCGUCGGCGAAUACGAAGACGACUUUAUGAGCGCUGUUGCAACACAACUCAAACAUCUGAGCAGUUUCGACCCUAGUACGGACGAGGAGGUCGUUAAAAUGUACAGAGCGUUGCUGAUGCUCAUUGAUGGGUUCUACAAAAACAAAGGUUUCGGCAGCAAAGUAAGCGUGGCGGUGCUAAUGGACUUACUGAAUCAGAUGAUAAAUUUGUUGGUGGAAGGCAAAUUAGAGAAGUGCAACUCUGGCGACUCGUACGUACGCGUCGUCAACUCGCACUGCGUCAAAAUCAUCGACAAGUCGGACCACACCAAAAUAAUUUGUGCUCUGAUCCAGUUGCUGCAGGACUGCAUCCGCAACGACAUCGGGCUGCGACACACCGACCUCGUGAUGAAGUCGAUAUGGCGCGUUUUGAAGCUUAUGCCCGGCUGGAGCAAUCAAAUCGACUACGAUUCGGUGCUGCUCGAAAUCCACUUCUUCCUCAAGGAGUUCCCCACCACGUGGUGGAAGAGCAGGGAAUCAGACACACCGCUGCGCACGAUCAAAACGAUCCUGCACGCUACGGUCAAGCAGCGAGGCGCCUCCAUCUGUCUGCACAUGUCCAAGAUUCCGAACACCAAGGAGUCGGAACUGGAGGCCUACAUCAACAAGCUGAUUAAGAUGAUGAAAACGGACGAGAACAAGCCGGUGGUUCCGCUGACGCGUGCCUAUCACAACAUGCUUACGGAGAUUUUCCAAAAGAUCGGCAAGCAGGACGAGACUAAGGACGGAAUAACGUUACUGUACGAUUUUAUGCAACAGCAUCCAGAGGCCGAUAUCGAUCCGUAUUUGAAGAAAACGAACAAAUUUUUCCAGGAUUAUAUCAAGACGGGGCUGAAGGAUAUCGAGGACGAAAGGAAAACGGCCAAAGCGCAAAUUGUUGAAAAAGCUUCUGGAACUUCUUCGGCUCCAACGCAGGCGAAAUCGGAGCUGGCGACUAAAGAUAUUGACUAUUAUAUGAACCGGCUGUCAUUUUGGAAGAACAGAUAUAGUGACGUAAAAGUCCCACACGAGUAAACCAUUUGUCGGAUUAUUUUAUUGAUGGUUUUUUCGUUAUUUUAUUUAGCCGAAACGGUUGACUUAAUUAUAGGAUUUGUACGAUAUUGAAAAUUGGACUAUGAUUGUGAUAAAACCGUUUAUAGUUGCGCUAGGCCUUAAACCUCUACAGUAUUUCUCUUUGUAUGUAAUAUCAACUACUCGUGAAGCAUCAGAUUAUUUUUAGAUAUAGAUCCAGUCCAAAUUUGUUAGGUGUAUAUUACAUAUAAAUUGAUAUAAUAUGAACCUAGAGUAUGUGUUUUCUAGCAUGUAUAUACUAUUAAUUGCUCUCUGGUAGAUUAAUAGGUGAACGUUUUUACCCCAUUUACUCCUAUCAUACGUAUGUUGUGAUAUAUACAACAGUAAUGUUCGAUUUUUCAUUAUUUAUUAUUUUAUUUAUAUUUUUACACGUCACGUUAUAUUAAGCGUUUCUCUCAUUAAACUAAUUUGUUUUACUUACUA